AUGACGAUUGAUCCACCUGUAUUGAGAUCAAAGAGGAAGUCCAAAGUUCUCCAACAGAUAUACUGCAGACUAGUGUGCAAAACAUGGCGGAAGUUACUUCGUCAUCCUUCAUUUGCUCAUGUGCACUCAAAUCAAUUAUCACAGGUGAAUGGAAGCAGUGUUAUUGGUGGUAAGGCUGGUUUCGGUUUUCUUUUUUGUUUUGCGUUCUGGCCAAAAUGCAACACUGAACUGUACUAUGGAGAGUAUGAUGGCCAGUCUAAGAAGAAACUUAUAAGAAUCAACCAGCCUCCCAUUAUUCAUCAACAAAUAGUUCGUGCAUGUCAUGGGUUGAUUUGCUUUUCCAGCUUUUCUAAUGUUGGCGGUUCUAACGUCCACGAAUCUACCUAUAUUAGUAAUCCUGUCACCAGAGAAUACAUUACUUUUCCAAAAUUGGAAAUUGUUGGCGAGCACAAGAUUGAUACUGUGCUGUGUGGUUUUGGUUAUCAUUCCUCUAUUCAGAACUACAAAAUUGUAAGAAUCUACUAUAUCCAGAACCAGCCAUUGGGACGGGUCCAGGUAUAUACACUUGGAGGUGGUAGCAGUGGUUGGAGAGACUUGGGAGAAACCGUUUACUCACUGCGACACAGUAAACUCUGUUUGCGGGGUGAUCGCUCCCCGUUUGGUGUGCUUGCAAAUGGAGCUCUUCAUUGGCUAGACACUGAACAAAAGAUUGGGUCCUUUGAUUUGGUAGCAGAGAACUUAUAUUUGCUCCCAUCACCACCUUUUGUCUCUGAUACUAGUGUGACGAAUUGUUUUCAACUUCAGGUACUGGGAGGAUGCUUGUGUUUUGUUCAUCUAAAGCCAGAUAAAUUCUUAGACAUAUGGUUGUUAAGGAAGAAAGGUGAGAGUAGCAGUUCUGACGUGAACGUGCAGGAUUACGACUCAUUGACCUGGAUUAAGGAGUUCAGUAUACCAAUAAUGGGUGAUGCUGCAGAGCCAUUUUCCCUUACAGAAGUGGUGAAGUGCUACUGUGGUACAAGUCUACUAUCUGUUAUGAUAAAAAAACUGCAGCCUUCAAUAAGCUUUUGGGUGGCACUCUUUUGGAUGGCACUUGUUAUCGUGCAGUUCCUCAUACAAGCAGCUUUCUUUCGCUGA